AUGGCCGUUUACGGUGGAAGGAUCAACAAAGAUGUGAAUGUUUUCAGCGACGGGGACCAUACUUACAGCGUAACUAGGUUCAGUGCAGGAGCAGGGGCUGUCGAUCGACAAGGAGGCGCCGGGACAGACAGCAGCAGACGGCGGGAUGAUGUUGUUCUUGUUGUGAAUUCGAAAUCUUCUGAUUUACCCGAUUCUAAAGGAGGUGAGAAGGUAAUUUAUCAAAAUAUAUUACCUGGUGGUAAGUUUAAUCGCCAGGAAAGUGGUGCUUACGCGUUCGGUGGUGUGAAUUCGGAAGGGAAUCGGUCGAGGGAUAUAAAUAAUUCUGCAGCGGAUUACCCGGGUGGAACAAUGAGCGGGGGUGUACGAGAUAUUUCGGAUCAUAAAUCCACUUUCGUUAGUAGUAUUAGUGUCAGAGAUGCAAAACCUCCACCCAUACCGUUGUCUGGAGUAGGAGGGAAUGUUGGACUUACGAUUUCGACGCAUUAUCCAACGGGACAAGUUAACUGGCAGGGUGGGAGGGCUGCCUCUCCAUCGGGUAUCGUUACCGGGUCUGACAGCAGACAUGUUUUGAUUGGCAUGGGGCCACACCCGAGUUCACGAAUAUCUUUCACAAAUUCUGGUGCUCAUAACAGCAACGUAGGAAGGUCGCACCAGAUCAGCGUUCAGUACCAACCUAUGGUCAGUUCUGGACAACAGGCAGGGGGUAACUUGUACUAUGCAAGCCCUCGAUUGGGUGUUGAAAUUGGCGGGGAAUCUCCUGGUCGUAGUCAGAGCAGUUCCAUUUUCUUCAGGUCAGGUCCUCCCAGAGGAUCUGAUACUGUCACUUCAGAUGAUGGCUAUUCAAGCUCAAGAGUGUUGGGCGGUCACGGGGGGAUACCAAUUCAGAUAGCUCAUCCUGUUUACAUAGAUCCUCGUCAAAGAACUCUACCACCACAGUCUGCUGUGAAAGUUCAUACAUCAACUUAUGCAACCAGUGUGAAUGAUCAAGGAAUAAAUCCACCAACAAAUGAUGGAGUCCAGGUGGUGCUUGCUUCAAAUACAGGCACACGUAUAAACAACCAAACCAAUGUGGAUAUUCAAAACUCAGCCCCUUCUGUUUCUGUCAGAGGACCAUUAAAUUCACACAUCAACAGAUCAAAUUCAGAUGCAGAGAAGACAGUUGCUGCUUUGACACAGCAGUUGGAAAGGGAUUUGAGCAUUAACAACUCUGCAUUGGCUCAAAGCCCCAGUGAACCUUUAGCUUCUCAUACCACAGGGGAUGUGGAACCCCCUCCACCAUAUCAUGGACCUCACGACGUUCAGACCUCGGUUAAAUCCUCCAUCCAACUGUCGUCUCACCCACACAAAUCAAACGUCAGGCUGGUGGCUCCAGUCCAGGGCAUACAAGUUCAGACAGGGUCAGUGUCCACAGCAGCUAAACCACCAGGGAUCAAAUCACACCUGGCUUUUCAGGUGACUCCUCCAAAAAGUAAAGGCCCGUCCGAUGCAGAGAAAAAGCUGGCAGCUUUGACACAGCAGCUAGAGGAUGAAAUGGAUCACCUGGCAGCGGGAGAUUACUUUGGCCAGUGUGUGACAUGCGGGGACAAGGUCACGGGAACCAACGAGGCGUGCCAAGCAAUGGGCAACCUUUACCACACCAAGUGUUUCGUCUGCUGCUCGUGCGGUCGCACCCUGCGAGGCAAGGCCUUCUACAAUGUCCAUGGCAAGGUCUAUUGUGAGGAGGAUUAUCUGUAUUCAGGCUUCCAGCAGACAGCAGAGAAGUGUGUGGUCUGUGGGCACCUCAUCAUGGAGAUGAUCCUGCAAGCCAUGGGCAAGUCCUACCACCCUGGAUGUUUCAGAUGCUGCGUCUGCAACGAGUGCCUGGAUGGUGUCCCCUUCACCAUUGAUGUGGACAACAAGAUCUACUGUGUGGCAGAUUACCACAGAGUGUAUGCUCCCAAGUGUGCUGCAUGCGGGCAGGCAAUCACCCCUGUUGAUGGCACUGAAGAGACUGUCAGAGUCGUGUCCAUGGACAAGGACUUUCAUGUGGACUGCUACCAUUGUGAGGAUUGUGGCCUGCAGCUGACAGAUGAGAUAGACAAGCGCUGCUACCCACUGGAAGGACACCUGUUUUGUCAUAGCUGCCACAUUGCCCACCUGAGUGUGCAGUUCCCCAACGAGACAUUCUAUGUCGACCCUCAAACGUUCAACAUCCACAACCGCGGAUAUAUUAAGUCAGACGGUGAUCCUCGAGGAGAGACCCCCUCUAUGAUGCCUCGCUACUCGGCCAUGCCGAUGCAUGCAGGACUGAGUACAACUUCUCCUUGUGUGCACGCGGGAAACUUUAGUAGUGAGUACGGAUCAGAAGCAACCGAUGCAGAGGAUGAUCACUUCUAUAGUGGUCAUUAUGGAGGCGGUUCAGGUUCCCAGCAUGAGAUGGGGUGGUAUGAAAGCAACAUCCCAGAUUACGCCAGGGGUCGGAACAGCAUCGGCAGCAGUCACAGCAGCGGGGGCAGCCAAAGCAGCUUUCCUGGCAGCCCAACUGGGCAUGUUGGUGGACACAACAGCAGCGACCCCAGGCUGGGGUGGAGACGAGAAGGGUCCAGUCGAGACUGUGUGCCGCCUUCUUACAGAAGCAUUGUGGGCAGUAACUACGGCAGCCCCACGCAUCGGUCUAAUGGUGGUGACUGCAGUAACUUGUUGCAGCACAGCAACCUCAACAGUCCUGAGCACAGCAGUUCAUCAGGGAUAUACAGCAAUGUUAGCAGCUACAACUCCAUGGGCGCCCAGGGGAGGGCAUACACAGGUGGGCCACAUUCAGACCUGACUUUGCAUCCAGCUGCAGUACUACAGUUAACGCCAGGUCAUCAAACAUCAUCCAAGAAGUCUAAUACGUAUCACAUAACUGACUUGUAG